AUGGCUGUCACCGCAACUGUCCAACCUUUGCCCGCUGCCAAAGGAUCCGCCAUUGAUUUCGGGUCCAUAAUUACUGGAGUUGAUCUCGAGAAUCUCUCAGACGAGGAUUUCCAGUUGAUCUACGAUACCUUAUACCGUAGUAGUGUCGUCGUCAUCAAAUCCAAACCCGAUGUUUCCGCCAAAGCGCAAUACGAGCUCACCCGUCGUUUUGAUCCUUCGUCGACCGCUUAUGGCCAUGGCAAAACCAUCGAUGCCAAACGCAGCAUUCUGCAUCCCGACCUUAAGACAGUCCCCCAUCAACCACAAGUCCAGGUUAUCGGAAACGGGUUCAUCAAGGAAUACGAAGGCUUGAAGGAUAUCACUCUGCGCCAUCCACACCAUCGCACAUUUCACCGCGAGGCCAUCCCCGAUGAGGAUGAUCUUGAUUAUACACGAUUUUAUCGCUGGCACAUUGAUGCGGCGCUGUAUGAUCUAGACCCGCCGUUCGUGACCACUCUGCUGGCUGUGUCGCUGCCGUCAAAGCGUCGACAGACUCUCCGAUAUGAUGACGGCUCCGGCGAUGAGCUCGAUGUCUCUCUGGGCACGACGGCAUUCGUUAGCGGAUACCAGAUGUACGAUCGCCUAUCCGAAGAAGACAAGGAGUUUGUGCGUACCAGCAAGAUUGAGUAUGCGCCUCAUCCAUAUAUCUGGAUGAGCGGUGCACGCUCUCUGCCCACUGGGUUGGGUCUCUAUUCCGAGGGCCGGGAACUUGCCCAAAGCGAGUUACCUCCCAUCGACCCCAGGAAGAUCAAAAUUUUCCCGAUGCUAUGGAAAAAUCCCGUAACGGGCAAAUUGGCUCUUCAAGUUCACCCCUCCGCUAUCAAGAAGAUUCACCUAAAAGACGGCACGGUCAUCGAUGAUCUUGAGAAAGUUCGUGAUAUUGUGUACCGUUUGCAGAGACCGGGUAUCAGCCCGCAGUAUGUUUAUGCACACGACUGGGAGGAAGGUGAUAUGGUGUUGUUUAACAACCGUGGAGUAUUGCACUCUGUCGUCGGCGCUUUUGCUCCGGACGAGGUACGGUUGUUCCGGCAGUGCAAUUUGUCUGCCAGUCAGCCUCCUGUGGGACCUUGA